AUGAGCUGGAGGGUAGUGACAUUAAGGCGCUCACUCUGGUUCUCUCUUGUGGGUGUGUCCUUUCUGCUGCUGCUGCUGCUGCUGCUGCUGCUGCUUCCCCUGCUGCUGCUGCUGCUGCUUUCCCUGCUGCUGCUGCUGCUGCUGCUGCUGCUGCUGCUUCCCCUGCUGCUGCUGCUGCUGCUGCUGCUGCUGCUGCUUCCCCUGCUGCUGCUGCUGCUGCUUUCCCUGCUGCUGCUGCUGCUGCUGCUGCUGCUGCUGCUGCUUCCCCUGCUGCUGCUGCUUCCCCUGCUGCUGCUGCUGCUGCUUCCCCUGCUGCUGCUGCUGCUGCUGCUGCUUCCCCUGCUGCUGCUGCUGCUGCUGCUGCUGCUUCCCCUGCUGCUGCUGCUGCUGCUGCUGCUGCUGCUGCUGCUGCUGCUGCUGCUGCUGCUGCUGCUGCUGCUUCCCCUGCUGCUACUGCUGCUGCUGCUUCCCCUGCUGCUUCCCCUGCUGUAUCUGACCAGGUACGAGCUGCUGCACUCCUGGGAUGUUGAUGUUUAG